UUCGCGAAUAAUAGUAUAGAUAUAUAUAUAUAUAUAUAUAUAUAUAUAUAUAUAUUGUUUUUAAGCAAAUCCUUAAUAUAUUUCCAACGCAAUGUAGAUAAAAACUUUGGGCCUGUAGAUAUAAUAUAGGCCCAUCCUUUCUCAUUAUUAGGCUUUCUAAAAAUGUAUGUCCGACAGACGACGCCACGACGGUGUUUGUGUUUGGUAGACAUGCAGGAAAUUUUCCACCAAAAUGUCUACUUACCUCUAUGAUUUUUUUGGUAGAUCUACUUAGUGCUCAUUUUAAAAAAUCACACACACUCUUCAACUAAUAUAAUAUUUUCCAAUCUCUCUGUAAACAAUUUUAGUUUUUAUUGUCUUUUUCCCCUUUUUAACAUAACAUUCAUUCUAAAAAAAUAUUUUAUAGUUUAGAUUAUAUGUUUAUUGUUUUUGCACGAAUUAUUUGAAGCAUCUCUUUGUGUUUUGGGAGUCAGCAACUCAGCAUCUAGAUCUUAUCUCCUUUUUUUCAAUAUAUAAUCAAAAGAAUCUAAAGCCAGUCCAUCACUGAGAGCAUCAUUCUUUAGAAAAAAUACAAAAAGACUUUGUUUCAUGUCUCCGAUCCGUCAAAAAGGCACAUUAAUUUGAUUACACGAUUAUUAAUAUGGACUACAACUACUAGGACUUAUUUAAUCUAAAACUUGUUUUGUUAACAUCAUAAUGUCGAUCUUGAGUUGAAUUCAACCAAUAAAAUUAAUUUUUAUGCCAUAUUUUCUUUUCCUUUUUUUUUGUUGAGUCCUAAACAUUAUGAGAUUUUGACUAAUAAAUGUGUUAUUCAAUUAAUUUAAAUAUUGAAAUUCAUAUGGUUCUGUAAUAAUAUAAUUUUUAAAAAAUCUAAUUAUUGAAAUUAAUUUGCUGCCAUAUUUUCUUUUCUUCCUUUUGUUGAGUCAAACACAUUAUGAGAUUUCGACUAAUAAAUGUGUUAUUCAAUUGAUUUGAGUAUUGAAAAUCACAUGGUUCUGUACUAAUAUCAUUUUUUUUUAAUUCUUAUUAUCAUCAUCCCAAAACUGAGAAUUUUCAGGAACAAAAAACGUCAAAAGAUUCUCACAUUCCCUCUCUUUCUCUAACCUUUUUUUUUCUAAAGAAUCAAAUCUAACUUUCUUCUCUUCUUCUUCUUUUUUUCUGUUUCCUCUGACUUUCUUUAAGUCACUCUUCAUUCAUCCUCCAACUACCACUAGGAUUUAGAAAUCCUACCCAAAACUAUAUUUUUGUUUUUAAAAAUAUUUUAAAGUUUCUUAAUAUUCUUGAUCUCCUGUGUUUUGUCCUAUGAGAGGUGGGUGAUCUACAGUUCUGAUAAUGGCUGAAGAGAAUAUUUCACAAGUUAAAGAGAUGAUUCCUGAUGAGAGUUGUCGCUCUGUUCUUCUUCCUCCUCCAGCUGUUGUAUCCAAUAGUAGUGUGAAUUUGAGACGGCAGUCUACAGGAGCGUUAGAUAAACGAGUACCAACAGGAGGUAAAGCUCAGCUUCAAACCCGUUACCGUGGGAACCAAACGAGUUCGACUCAUGAUCUAUGUAAACAUGGGAAGAGGCGUGAGGAUGAGUUGGUGAUCAAACCGUGGAAGUUAGUUAAGAACAAGAAAGUUGAAGGCGGAGGAGGUUUGGUGAAAAAUGAGACUUUGAGUUUGGUGAGGAAGUCGUUGGUAAGUGUUUCAAAACCUGACAAGUCGUUGCAUGUUGCGAAGAGAGAUCCUCCUGCCGCUGUUGUUAGUGAGGUUGUUAAAUCUUGUGAUGGUUUACGCGCUAAGAGAAGUGAAACAAAGAGUACUACUACUACUACUCCGAGUGAUUCAGCUGUUGGUGUAAGAAUGGUCAAGAAGACAAAUGUUGAUGUUAAGAAGGUGAGCAAGAGUUCUAGAGAAGAUGUACUGAAAAAUCUAAAGGACAAAGAGAAGAAGACGAAGAUUGAUGAUGUAUUGGAGAAGAAGGUUUCAAGGAUCAUGGAGAAAAAGAGUUUUAAAGAAGAUCUUCUGAAGAAUGUGAAGAGAAAAGAGAAGACGGAGAUUGAUGAACCUGUUAGAUGUGAUGAUGUAGUGGAGAAGACUUUGUAUGUUGUUGAAUCCAGUUUUGAGGAGAAGAAAAAGAAGAAGAGCAUUGGAAGUGUUAAGAGUGAGACUCUUAAAAGAUCAGAUCCUAGGCCACCAAUAAGACAAUUUACUUCAAGGUCCAAGACUGGUUUGUCUGAGAAAAAAGAGAGUGGUUCUCCAACUCUUGUAGCUAAUGCCAAAACCGAAAUCAAGAAGAGGAUUGGUUUAAAGCCUAAGGCUAUUCCUCCUCCUGGUCCUCCAACAAGACCGGUGAGUUUCAAGAAAGGGAAAGUUCUUGAACCGAAAGCAGAAGAUCCCACUCUGACAUCGAUCAAGUUCAAGAAGAGAGUUGUUCAAGAACCAAAACUCAGAAGUGAUGUGAACAAGAAUAAGAAUAACCUGAAAGAUAAAGGAGAAGGUGUUGGGAAGAUGAGUUAUAACAGUGGUGAAGGCAUACGAGAGAAGGUUGUUUUGAGGCAUAGAAAAGUGGAAGAGAAGAAGAAAAUGGGGACACUAUUCAAUAAUGUGAUUGAAGAGACUGUGAAUAAGCUUGGAGAAGAGAGGAAGAGUAGGGUUAAAGCAUUGGUUGGUGCUUUUGAAACUGUAAUCUCUCUUCAAGAUAAUGAUAAAACAUCUCUGCUGAAGAAGAAGAACAUUCAGAACAAGUCCACAUCUUCACAAGUUGUUGAAGGCUAGUGCUUGCUUAAAAUCAAAAAUUUACUAAGAGAAAGAGAUAAAUCUUUUGAAUUUUGUUAUACGUUUCUUGAAUCUUGUAAUAUAAUUUUUUUCUUUGAAAUCAAUCAUCUAUUUCAAGUAUAUGGUUUCUUUU